UGAGCUGUGAUUUAGCUGUCCUUCGAUGCAUUAUUUCUUCAUCCCCUUCACACAUAUCUCCAAAAUCCCUAGAAAAAACCCCAUCUCCCUCUCUCUCUCUCCUUACGCCCAGAAACACAUCCCCAUUUCUCUCCUCAAAUCUCUCUCUCUCUCUCACAUUCUGUGUCUCAGAUCUCGAACUGCAUAGCUUUUGCCUCAUCAACCCAUUCUCUUGCAACUCUACUUCGGGGGGGAAUUAGGGGGGUGGUAGGAAGGAGAGCGAGAAGAACUGAAAGUGGCAUUUCGGAUAUCAGAUGUCUCAUGUGAGAUGAAGAAGACGACCCACUCCCAUCUUCAUCUCUCACUUCUCGUUGCCUUGUUUCUUGGCACAGUUGUGUGCCUCUCUGCUGCUAAGCAAGCUCCGACUAUCUCUAGCUAUGGAGGCCUCAGUGACGCCGACGCUAUGUACAUCAAGAAGCGGCAGCUUCUUUACUACAAAGACGAAUUUGGUGACAGAGGAGAGAGAGUCACAGUAGACCCAUCUCUUGUUUUUCCGAAUCCGAGACUUCGAAAUGCUUACAUAGCAUUACAGGCUUGGAAACAAGCCAUCUUCUCAGACCCUCUAAACCUGACAGCCAAUUGGGUUGGAUCCCAAGUUUGCAACUAUGAGGGGGUUUUCUGCGCUCCAGCUCCGGACAACAAAACAAUCCUUACAGUUGCCGGCAUUGAUCUCAACCACGGUGAUAUUGCAGGGUACUUGCCUGAGGAGCUUGGCUUGCUAGUGGAUCUUGCAUUGUUUCACAUCAACUCUAACAGGUUUUGUGGGACUGUACCUCGUAAGUUCAAGGACAUGAGGCUGCUCUUUGAACUGGAUCUUAGCAACAAUCGGUUUGCUGGGAAAUUUCCACAGGUUGUGCUCAAGCUGCCUUCACUCAAAUUCUUGGAUCUGAGGUUCAACGAGUUUGAGGGUACUGUACCAAAAGAGCUAUUUGACAAGGACUUGGAUGCAAUCUUUAUCAAUCAUAACAGGUUCGUUUUCGAUCUCCCUGAAAAUCUUGGCAACUCCCCAGUAUCUGUCAUCGUUUUGGCGAACAACAAAUUUCAUGGAUGUGUGCCGUCAAGCAUAGGUAACAUGUCAAACCUCAAUGAAAUCAUCCUCAUGAACAAUGGGUUUAGAUCUUGCAUGCCAGCAGAGAUAGGUUUGCUUAAAGACCUGACAGUCUUGGAUGUUAGCUUCAAUCAAUUAAUGGGUCCAUUACCAGACGCAUUUGGUGGAAUGGUGAGUCUUGAACAGCUCAAUGUAGCUCACAACAUGCUCUCAGGGAAGAUUCCGGCAAGUAUUUGUAAGUUACCGAAUUUGGAUAACUUCACCUUCUCUUAUAAUUUCUUCACUGGAGAGCCACCAGUGUGUUUGAGUCUACCGGAUUUCAGUGACAGGAGGAAUUGUUUGCCAGCAAGACCAUUACAGAGAUCUGCUGCACAAUGUAAGGCAUUUUUGUCUAGACCUGUUGAUUGCAGCUCGUUUAGAUGUGCUCCUUUCGUUCCAUCUUUGCCUCCUCCUCCUCCUCCCUCACCUCCAAUGCCGGUACCUUCACCUCCACCACCAGUUGUUAUUCCACAGUCACCUCCACCCCCUCCGCCACCUCCAAUAUUUUCACCCCCGCCACCAGUGCGCUCUCCACCUCCGCCACCUCCUCCAGUGUACUCCCCGCCUCCUCCCCCUCCCUUGUAUUCCCCCCCACCGCCUCCUACUUCACCUACCCCACCACCAUCCCUGUCUCCCCCACCGCCUCCUGCAUCACCCCCACCAUCUCCAUUACCUCCAUGUGUACGUUCCCCACCGCCGCCUCCACCAAAUUCAGCACCACCUCCACCAAUAUUCUCCCCACCACCACCUAUUCCUUACUAUUAUAACUCCCCACCACCUCCACAUUCGCCUCCACCACCAGUUUAUCCUUACUUAUCACCUCCACCACCACCUCCUGUCAAUUCUCCACCUCCCCCAGUUUAUUCAUCACCGCCUCCACCCCCACCAUGUAUAGAGUAUUCACCACCUCCACCCCCACCUUCAUCGUCACCGCCUCCUCCUAUACAUUAUAAACCAUCACCAUCCCCACCACCACCACCACCAGUUUACUUCCAUUCUCCGCCACCAUUGUCGCCUCCAUCGCCAAUUCCAUGUGAAAACCCACCCCCACCCCCACCCGUCAUAUAUGGAGGUCCACCACCUCCGACUCCAGUGUAUGAGGGACCAUUACCACCAAUCACAGGGGUUUCAUAUGCUUCACCUCCACCACCACCCUUUUAUUGAUUCUUUUGAGAAUUUCCGAUCUCUAACCUUCCAUCAAACAAGGAGAGAAAUACUAUGGAUUUCGUCAUCAGGGUUUCUUUUUUCCUCUUGUGGGCGAUUCUCGUCGCUCUUCUAGAGAAAAUUGAGAAAGAGUCUGGGCAGUUUGCAUGAUUGAAUCAUCUCUUGCAGAUGGUCUCGGUCAGAUUUAUUGCAUUGUUAUUACUGAUCAUUGUUAAAGAAUUGAAGCAAAGAAGACAAUUUAGAGGUAAGAGGGGAAAUUGUCUCCAUAUUUAUUUGAAUUGUUAUGGAAUAUUUGAGUUGCAAAAUAAAAAUGGCAGAGAAAGAUCAGUAGGUUGCAGAGAGAGUGCAUGUAUAGGCAUGGAACGGAGACCAUAAUCAGGGCUGCUGCUCGAUUGUGUUCUUUUUACCUUUUUCUUUUUUCUUCUUUUAUCAUACCUGGUUCCUUAUUUUUGUUUUUCGAUUUAUAGUAUAAUAAUCACGAACACUUCACUUGUAUUACGUUGUUAUUUCUCUUCUUCUGUGAGAUUGAACCUUACAAAUGGUUGUGUA